AUGGUCGUCGUAAAAGGUGGUCCCUCGAAGAACAACACAAAGUCCACCGGCAUCAAGCGUGUCAAGGGUGAGAACUUCUACCGCGAUGCCAAGAAGGCCAAGGUCGUAAAACUUCUCUCCAAGGACGGCAUCGCAUCCAAAGCCAUCCGUGACAAGAACGGAAAGAUCAUUCAGGCUGCCGAGUUUCAGAGCAGCGAAGCAAAGCCCGGUCGUGUUCAGCCAGACAAGCGAUGGUUCGGCAACACCCGUGUCAUCUCUCAGGAUGCGCUCGAUCAUUUCCGAACCUCGCUCGGGUCGCGUGUCAACGAUCCCUACUCGGUUCUGUUGCGCAGAAACAAGCUGCCUAUGUCGCUCAUUCAGGAUCCAGGCAAUGGCAAGGCUCCUUCUCUCACCACUCUCGAGCCCUACUCUGACACAUUUGGUCCAGGUGCACAACGAAAGCGCCCUCGUCUCGAUGGCGGUAUGAGCUCGUUCGAAGAGUUGGCUAUGAGCAGUGAACAGGCUGGUCGCGCUGCCGAAGAAAAGCAGGCUGCUCUUGAAGCCAAGGCGGCUGGUGUCGGCCUCGUGCCCUCAGACUACGAAGUCGGCUCCAGCGCACAGCGCUCUGCCAACGGUUUUACUGCCGACGCAGACGAGCUCUACGAAAUUCCCGUCACUCGUGGCCGUUCCGAACCUAUUUACAGCAAGGGUCAGUCGAGACGUAUCUGGGGUGAGCUCUACAAAGUUAUCGACUCUUCCGACGUCAUCAUUCACGUUCUCGAUGCUCGUGAUCCACUUGGCACCCGUUGCCGCAGCGUCGAAAAGCACAUCCGCGACGAGAAGCCGCACAAGCACCUCAUCUUCCUUCUCAACAAGGUCGAUCUGGUCCCUACUUGGGUUACUGCUCGUUGGGUCAAGAUCCUCUCAAAGGAGUACCCUACUAUUGCAUUUCACGCCUCGAUCAACAACUCGUUUGGUAAAGGUUCGCUCAUCCAGCUGCUGCGUCAGUUUAGCGUCCUUCACUCAGACAAGAAGCAGAUCAGCGUCGGCUUCGUCGGAUACCCCAACACCGGAAAGAGUUCGAUCAUCAACACGCUCAAGAAGAAGAAGGUCUGCAACGUCGCACCCAUCCCAGGCGAGACCAAGGUGUGGCAGUACAUCACCCUGAUGCGCCGCAUCUACCUCAUCGACUGCCCUGGUAUCGUACCUGUCUCGGCACACGAUUCGGAGACCGGUACCGUGCUCAAGGGCGUCGUGCGUGUCGAGAACCUUGAGACGCCCGCAGAGCACAUUCCGGCGCUUCUGUCGCGCGUCAAGCCCGAGUACAUCCGUCGCACUUACAACCUCGAGAAAUGGACCAACUCGGAAGAUUUCCUCGGUCAGAUCGCUAAGCGUAUGGGUAAGCUGCUCAAGGGUGGCGAACCAGAUCUCGAGACAGUAGCCAAGAUGGUGCUCAACGACUGGAUCCGCGGCAAGAUUCCGUUCUUUGUCGCCCCCGCUUUGCCAGAGGACGCCAAGUCAAGCAAGGGCAAGGCCAAGGCAACUGCUGAAGAGGUCAAGAGCGCUGAGACUAGCGACAUCGCUGAUGCUGCUGCUGCUGCCGAGGCUGACACUGCCACUGACAAGCUGCUCAAGAGGAAGAAGGUCAAGGGUGUCGAGCAACCGCUCAAGCAGAUUGCUGUAGCCACCAAGUUCACGCGCGAGGAUAUCGAGGCAGGUCGACCCGAAGACUAUGUCAUGGAACGUGACGAGGACGAGCCGGUUCCCGAAGUCGCCGUUGACGAAGAUGCCACGUUCGACAGCGAUGAUGUCGCGGAGGACGAUGACGAUGACGAUGAAGACGAAGACGGUGAUGCCCUUGAAGACCUCAACUGGGACGACGUUUUCCAAGGCGGCUCAGAUGCAGAGGAAGGUGAUGAGGAGCAAGAUGAUGAUGCCGAUGCUACCGUCAAUACCGCCACGUCGUCACCUGGCAAACGCGCCGCUGCUGCUGCCGCCGCCGCCGCCGACGACGACGACGACGAUGAUGAUGAUGACGAACGCCGAAAGCAAAAGAAAGCACCGCGAAUGACCACCAGCAAACGCAAAGCCGAAAACUACUACACCCACGCCAAUGUCAAAAACAAGAGCCGUCGCGGCAAACCCGAUGCCGCCGAACCAAAGAGCAAGGAAAGAGGCCCCAAGGUCGGUGCUAACGGCAAAGGUGCUACUCAACCUCGUCGUCGCAAGUGA